AGCCGACUAAUAACGGCGCCAGUUUCAAGGAGCGAGGAUCGGAAGGACCAUCAAUCUAGCUUGUUUUCGAGGAAAAUAAAGUCCAGAAGUCAAAGCGUUUCCCAGGUCUCAACCAUGGCAGAUGAGAGUGGAGAGCUGGAUAAUGAAUUUGAUGGUUUCCUGGCUGAAAUGAAGCCGUAUAUGCUCAAGUUGCCUCAUAAAUCAGAAAGACAACGCUGUGCUCUGUGGAUUAAAAAGCUGUGUGAAGCGCCAGGUCAUGGAGUGGUUGGAAGGAAAAAUCGUAAUAUGUACAGUAAACUGCUUCUGCAUAUGCUGAAGAAAUCCUUACUGGAAGGACCAUUCAGCAGUCGACCUGACCCUGGUCCGCUACCAACUCUUCCCUCUUACACAUCAAUCUAUUUUGAUGAGCCUACUCAGUCCAAAGCCCUGAGACAAGAGGAGGUCAGAGGUCAUUCACUCCCAGACUGGGUCAGUGGUGAACUGUGGUCCGGUCAGGACUCCAAGGACCUCAGGUCAUCCUCAGUCAGGUCAAAGGUCAGAUCAACCAAUGUGCUACAGGAGCGUCAUCUCAAUGUUGAGACAAGGCAACAAAAGCUACGCAAUGAAGGUGAAGGUGAUAGACUCCAGCAAGCUGUCCCUGCAUCUGGUUACCAGUCACAACUUGAGGCAGCUAGGGUAGAAAUCCGGAACAGGCACAAAGUAUCUUUCACUUAUUCCUCAGAUGAAGAUGAGGAUCCCAAUCCAAGGAGGAAGGAGGCAAGAUCAUCCUCAAAUAAUAGGGUUUCUACCACCAAGCAAGCUUCCACCCGGUUUGACUGGCCAAGAUUUGAACUCAGUCCUGUUGCUGCAAGAACCCAUCAGGUCACAACCACUGGGACUGGAAUCCCGAGCGGCCCGACCGUUGCAUCGUCGAUGAUGUUUGAUGAUGUUUCCAUGGAGACGAGACAGGAGAAGCAGCAUCUUGAGAUGAGGACAAAGCUACUGGAGGCCAAGUUUCACGAGGAGAAACUCCUUAUCCAGCAGAGGCAUGAUGAAGCAAUUCAGAAGAUCCUGGACAGAAAGAAUACCGAGAUGGACGAGAUGAAGAUACAUUACAGAAAGAAGGUGGCAGACUUGGAGGAAACUAACUCCAAGUUAGAUAAGAAAUUACAAGCACUCAGCAAGGAGUUUAGCCAUGCCAAGGAGAGUAGAGAUAAACAGAUCUCUGAGCUGAGAAAGAUGGUGGAACAUAGCAGUCAGACAACUCUUAAUGGUUAUGAAAAGAAGCUCCAUGAUGCUGUAGCAGACUAUGAACAGGAGAAGUUUGAGAUGCAGAAGAAACAGACUAGUGCUAUCCAAGACAUCUUAGAAGAUACCAAUGACAAGCUACAGAAGAUGGAGAUGGAAUAUAAUGCUCAGGUCGAGAGUCAUGCUGAAGUGAUCAGAGAGCUUGAAGCUAAGCUUCAUCAACUAGGUCAAGAACUGACCAAUCAACAAGCAGGACAGAUACGCCUCUCAGAAGAGAAGUCCAAGAUAGAGAGACAGGCAGAACUUCUCAAUGUAGAGCUAGAGAACAUUACUAAAAGAUACAUUGCCUUGGAGAAAGAUUAUGACCUGAAAAAGAUAGAUUAUGAGAGAGAGCUGAAAAACUUGAGAGGAAAGUCUGAAGCCAGGGUGGAAUUCUUGAAGGACGAACAUGCAACUUCUCUUGCAAAGCUUAGUGAAAGCAAUAACGAAUUUGAAGACAGGGUACAUGAGCUGAGACAGGCACUGCAAGAUAGUGAACUCAACAGACAGAGACAAGUUAGAGAGCUAGAGAGUGAGUACAAGCAAGACAAGCUCCACCAGGAGCAGCUGAGUGAGAGGAAGCUCCAGGGGCUCCGUUCACAGAUGGGUGUAGAGAAGGAGGAUCUAGAAAGACAGCUCAGGCAAGCUCACAAUGCCAACCAUGAUAAAGAUGAGCAGAUCAAGCGACUGAAGGAGUUACAGAGACUGCAAGCCCAGCAGGCAGAGAGAGCACUAGAGGACUUUAAGAAUCAGGUGGAAACCAACUCAGGAAGAAUGUUUGACGACAUGAAGACACAGAUGGCAAGGGUAGAAGUUGAUCUGACCAAGUCUAAGGAGCUGAGAGAGAAGCAAUCAAAGGAAUACAAGAGACAGAGUGAAGAGGCAAGGAAAACACACCAACAACAGCUGUCUGAGCUUGAGCUUAGCCACCAGAGAGAGAGAUCCAGGCUCCUGGAGCAAUGUCAGGAGGGGAAGGAUCAGCUCCAGGAGGAACAGGAGCAGCUCCUAGAGUCCACCAGGGAGCACCUGGAGCAGAAGAUUAGGGUACUGGAAUCACGCUCACAGGAGCAGCAGACUAAAGACGCAAAGGUUAUCUUUGAUCUGGAGCAGCAGCUGCGUGAUGUUAAAGAAGAGAUGUUACAGAGCGAUUCAUUGAGGAAACAACAACUGGUUGAAUUAGGUCUACUCAGAGAAGAAGAGAGAAAUAAAGUACAGAGAGAACAUGAAACAGAGGUGAGACAACUGAGAUCUGAGAUGGACCAAUACAGGACAACAUUGCACAAAGAAAACAGUACCCAAAUGGAACAAGCCAUGACGCAGACUAAUGAAAGGCUGAAGGAUAUUGAGAGAGACUACUCUAACAGACUGGACCAAGCAAAUAAGACUAUCAAAGAGCACCAGGAAACAGUCCAUCAGCUGAGAGAAGAAAAUCAAAUAGCUAAAUCGAACAUGGAGCUACAGCUGACUGAGACAGUGUCUAAACUUGAAGAUGAGAAAGAGCUUUUAAGAAAACAACAUGGAGCCUACAACAAGGCUGUUCAAAGAGAACUGGAUGAUCAGAGACAAAGGAUUAAACAGCUGGACAGAAGACUACAAGAAGAAGAACUAAAUCAUCAAGAAAAGGCCUUACAGUUACAGCAUGAUUUUGAGCAGAGGAAUCGCGGUCUACUGCCUGCAUCCAUCAAAGAUGAGUUAGAUGGCACCAUCUUGUCUCUGAAGUCUCAGGUUAACACACUGCAACAGAGACUGUUGGUUGUUCAGGAGGAAAUCGAUUUGAGGAACAAACACAUUGCAAGAUUCUCACCAACCAGGAAUUGAUACAAUUAAUGAUCUCGUCUGUCUGUCUGUCUGUGUGUGUGUUUAGAAGUAUAAGAAGCUUCAGUUCUGUCCUUGAGGUCCAAUCCAAUUUACCUUGUUGACAGAACAAAAUUGUCUUGAGCAACGAGUACAUUGCUAGAGUCUGUGAGCUAGGAACUAAUAUACAGUAUACAACAAAAUUAAGCACACCCCUUACAAAAAGUUAAAAAUUCUAAAGUAACCUGUCCCAAAAAUGUACUUAAAUAAAGGGAUUGGCUAACUUUGUCUCAGAUUCUGAAACAAUAUCCUGGAUUUAGCUCAUGCUGCAAUGAUAAUUAUUACCCUUUAGGUCAGCCAGGAACCCCAUGCAAUUUUUGUAAGGGCUUAAUAUUACACCAUAUCACAGACACUGAUAACAUGUAGGGCCAUGCAUCUCAGAUUUGACAUUAUUAAACGGUGCCUUACAGCAAUGAUAGAGUAGACAUUAUGUGAUAUGUGUAUCGGAACACAACAUAUCGGUACACCCCAGGUUUUGUAUGUGGAUUGUCAUUGGAUUUUACAGUGUUAUAUUAUUUUGUUUAAUUACCUAGAUUCCACUCAUUUUCUGAAAUAUUCUGUGUGAAAAAAUACAAAUUAUGUUGUAUUCCUAAUUUUGAGUUGAGAGAUUCCUAAUUUUUGCUGUGAAAGGCUGGCAGGUAUCAUCUUGAAGUGAAAAAAGGGUAUUUUCAUAUUUGAGAACUGGGGGUGUUUCACAAAGAUUCUAAGUCGAACUUAACUCUAAAUUGGACUUAAAUAUUAUGGAGAGCCAUUUGUAGCCUUAUAAUGAAUUAUUCAAA